AGUGUCCAAGUCCAUGUCUGGUCAUCACCACGAAGGGUUUAUCAGAACUACAUCUUCUGGAUCAAAUCAAUCCCAUGCUGGGUCUGCAAGGAGAAACUCAGGAAUCAUUGCCUCGGUCUACAAGAAUGAUGAACCUGUUCAUCACAACCACCCUCCUGCUGCUGAAACCUUCACUCGAGUGCCGACGGAUCCUGGUAGUGGAGUGAGAAGGACAAGUUCGUCCGGAUGGAACCUUCCGCCCGAGCAGGAAGCAAUCUUUGAGAGACUUUCGUCGGUCAAGGAUGAGAUGAAGGGAACCAUCCAAGAGACUCAGAGGAUUCGUCAGAGUAUGGGAGCGACGCUUUCUGAAUAUUUCAAGAAACUGCUGCAUCUUCACCCCACUGAGUUUGACGAGGAGCUGAAAAGAAAAUUCGACUAUUUUGACAAGGAUAAGAAUCUUUAUCUCGAUCGCCAAGAGUUGUGUUGCGCCAUGUCGGAGCUCAGUGAGCGUCCUUCGGAAGAAGAGAUCGAUACAUUCUUGUCUGAGUUUGAUGUGGAUGGCGACGGGAAAGUCGACUUUGAUGAAUUCGAUCAUAUGGUACGAUAUCACUUGAAGCUCGGGCAUACGUGCCAUUGCAGAUUCUGUACUGCGAAACAAAACUCGCUGAGUGAUACCAUGACUUCGGAGAAGAAGAAGUGAAGUCAAGCUUUUUGUCAUCGCUAUGACUUUAAUUUGAAGUGCGCUUUUUUUAAUUUGUAUUUGUUAAGCGACCC